UUGGGCACGGGGAAGUGCAGGCGAUGGGGUGGGGGGAGCCUCCAGCCAGGCUUCCUGAGCUGCACAGCCACCACUUCCCAGAUAAAGGUGUCACCCGGCAGAGCCACAGCAGCUCCCAGGGCGCUGGGAAGGGCCAAGCACAGCACACACAGCCCCGGUACACGGGUUGCAGGAUGGCAGCCUGUCUGCACCAGGGCUGGCUGCUCUCGCUGCUCCCUGCUGUCCUGCUCAGCUUCCACAGCCCGUUGUCAACUCCUGAGCCAGUGACACCCCAAGAUGCUGCGCUGCUGGCAGGGGUGCCUGAGGACAUCCUCUGUUUCUCCCGCACCUUUGAGGACCUCACCUGCUUCUGGGAUGAUGAUGAGGAGGAGGCAACAAGCAGGAUGUGCCACUUCUACUACUGGUACAGCAGAGACGUGCCCAAGGCCUGUGUGGUCUCCACGUGGCACCAUAGGGCCAUUGGGAAGCGGCAUGUCUGCAUCUUCCCCGUCCAGGAUGUACGACUCUUUAUCCAGCUCCACCUCCGCGUUCUGGAUGCCACCACCAACCAGACCAAGUACUGGCGGGAGCUCAGCGUGGAUGCAGUGGGUCUCAUUGCUCCCCCAACAAACAUCACAGCCCGCUGGGCUGGGGCUGCGGGGCAGCUCUACGUGUCGUGGCAGCCUCCGCUCGUUGACUACCUGAACUUCUUCCUCUACGAGGUGCAGCGCUGCCCUGCCAGCUCCCCAGAGAUGCCCUGCAGCACCACGCUGGACCCCAGCGGGCAGCACCCUGGGGACUCCUCCAGGCAGCCGGGCAUCAGCACCCAGGCACCCACGGCCGGGGCAGCCGCAGCCUCCCCGGGAGUGGGGCAGGGGCUGGUCCAGGCCAACACUUGGGUGGUCCUUCAUGACCUGCAGCCAGGGGUGAGGUACCACAUCCAGGUGCGCAGCAAGCCUGAUGGCACCUCCAUGGAUGGCGUCUGGGGGCCCUGGUCACACGCAGUGUCCGCGGAGACACCCCGUUCCUCUGGAGACAUCGGGCUGCGCUGCAGCACCCCUGACCUGCGGCACGUGCGCUGCGAGUGGAGCAGGGACCCUGCAGAGCCCCACAGCUCCCACCAGCUCUUCUAUCGACCACCUCCAAGUGGGGCUGGCACGAGGGAAGAGACGUGGCAGCGGUGUGAGGAGGCAAGUGUGGGCAUCCAGGGCACCCAUGCCUGCACCUUCCAACCCAGAGCUGGCAGUGCCAUCUCCAUCCUGGUGAAUGUCACACAGCCCCAUGAACAAUCCACGCUCAGCUACUUCAAGGAGCCCUUCUGGCUCCACGAGGCCGUGCUCACAGAUGCCCCACAGCUGAUCCAGGCUUCAGUGUCCCAGGGCCAGCUGAGCCUGCAGUGGCUGCCACCCCUGGAGGCACUGGCAGAGCAGCUGCACUACCAAGUUCGCUAUGCUGUGGAGAACAGCCAGGACUGGAAGGUUCUGCAGAUCCCAAGGGCAGCCAGGAAAGAAGUGCUGGACUUACGGCCAGGUGCCCGCUACCAUGCCCAGGUGCGGGCCCAGCCCAGCGGGCCAUCGUACCAGGGCAGCUGGAGCGCCUGGUCCAAACCUGUUGUAGUUGACGCCAUGGCCGAUGCGGACUGGAUCAUCCCGAGUGUCACAGUGGUGCCGCUGGUCUUUACUGGGGUGCUCCUGGGGCUGCGCUGCACCUUCCCCUCGCUCUACAGCAAUGUGAAGCAGAAGCUGUGGCCACCUGUCCCUGACCUCCACCGUGCGCUGGGCAGCUUCUUCCAUGAGAGCAGCAAGCAUGGCCAGGCGUUCUACAAGCAGCCCCCGGAGGAGCCCGUGCUGCCCUGCCUGCUCGAGGUGCUGCCCGGCCCGCGGGGGGAGCCGCGCUCGCCGCCGGAGCUCGCUGCCAGCCGGCUGCCGGGCACCGACAUCGCCAACCAGUCCUAUCUGCUCCUCAGCGGCUGGGACCCGCGCGGGCCGCCCUCGGGGCCGAGCCCGACAUAAAGGAACCCCGCAGAGACCCGGCCUCCAGCUCUCCUUUC